AUGGCUGCCGCUUCAAGCAUUCACUCAGUCGUUGAUUCGAUCAAAAAUUCCCUGCAUAUUGAUGACAAGGGACCAUCAAAUGGCAAAAAUGUCGAAGCGCAACCAGACCGGCCGGAUUCUGGAUUAUCAAUAGCAGACAAAACGUCUAAUGACAAGCCCGGCUCGAAAACGGUAGAGCUUGACAUGGACGACGUCGAAUAUAGAGAUGUUGUCAUCGCUGGCGCGGGUCCCGCAGGUCUCCUUCUAGCAACCAUGCUAGGUCGGCACUCGCGAGGAUCACAACCGGCACCGUCAUUCAUCUGCGUCGAACCACAAUUUCGAUCGACUCCCGCCGGGCACGCCGAUGGUCUCAACGCUCGUUCAAUUGAGAUGUUCAAAUCUCUCGGUCUUCUAGAUGAACUAUUGCAGCACGCUGUGGCCCUCACGGAGCGCGCGGUCUGGGCGGAAGCUCCGUCAGAUCAUAGUUUGAAAUCCAGUCCAGAGUCUGAGAAUGGCAAUCGAAACAAAGCCGCGCGCAAAAUGAUACGGGUCGCCAAGCACUCUAUGGGCGGCCCAAAUGAUGCUCGAUCAUACAAUCUCAUUGGGUUACGACAGGGCAAAGUCGAAGAUGUCCUCUCCGCUGAUGUGCAGAGGAGCAUGCCUGGUUCAUUGCUUCGUGGUUUCCAGGUCGUCGAUGUGCGACUGGAUGAGGUCGACGCCACAUACCCCGUCGUGGUAGAUCUUGCAAAAGUGUCAGAAGAUGGGAGCCUACUUCAGCCACCGCAGACUCGAAGAAUCCGAUGCAGGCAUCUUGUCGGCGCUGACGGAGCGCACUCUACAGUGCGCAAGAAGGUUGGAAUUGUGAUGGAAGGUGAUUCAACUGACCAGGUCUUCGGUGUUGUUGAUCUUCCUGUUGAUACGGAUUUUCCUGACAUCCGUCGGGUUUGCCAAGUACAGAACGAAUCCGGGAUGAUCAUGGUCAUUCCACGAGAGCAAGAUGCUGAAGGUGAAUGGCUGACUCGGUUCUAUGUCGACAUGAAGGAAAUCGAGAUCCGGCGACGUCAACAAGCAGCGGAGAGGGAGGCUGAAAAACUGUCUACUAAAGAUGUCUCCACGGCUGAGGUCACCGCUACUAUCAACGGCCAACAAGAUGCAAAGGCGCCUACGAUCAUGAUCAAGAAUACUCGGCAGAGAUCCACAAUCACUGAGGAUGACAUUCUGCAACGCAUCGAGGAAAUAUUCGCACCCUUCCGUAUGCAGAAGAAAGCUGGCACCCACGUCAAUUGGUCAACGUCUUAUGCCAUUGGACAACGCGUCGCGUCCGAGUUUAUCCGUACCGAUUUUGCUGGUAUGCCGAGAGUCUUUCUCGUAGGAGAUGCAUGCCACACGCACAGCCCGAAACUUGGCCAAGGCAUGAAUGUCAGUAUGGCCGAUAGUUACAACCUAGCGUGGAAACUCACUCGCUCAAUAUCUCCGGUGUCUCCCCUCACCGGAGCGAUUGAUGCUGCGGCAGCUGCCAAUUCCGCCGUUCUUCUUCACAGCUAUGCCACUGAACGUCGUGCCAUUGCCCAGAGGCUUAUUGACAUUGACCGUCAAUGGUAUGCUCUUACAUGGUCGGCAGACAGAGAUCGACAACACGAGGCUAGCCGCCAUCAGGAGGCAGAUGCUCUAUUGGACGAAAUCAUGACUUUCGCAUCCGGACUCGGCAUUGUCUAUAGCCAAUCCUUCCUGACGCACGCAUCGACUAUUGUAUCACCUACUUCUCGGGACUCUGCUCCGCCAACAACGGAUGGCGAGAGCCAGGAGCUAGCUAACGCUGCUGAUCCCAAGUCGCUUGCAUCAGAAGCUGAAAAAGAGAAGCCUUUCUCCUCCCCAGCACAGCCCGGUCGGCGAUUCGCAAACCGCCUCUUGACCCGUCUCGCAAACAGCGAACCUCGUGACCUCCACGAUCAAAUCCUUCCCAACCUAGCUCGAUUUUUCGUGCUCAUUUUCACAGGCCGCGACAUUCUCAACACGCAGAGCCAAUCCUCGAAGACAGUACAAAUCAUCUUUGAGAGAAUUCUCCCGAAAUACAACCACUACAGCACAACCUGCGAAGCCAAGGUCGUCACGCCCGAGCACGUCUUGGGAGCUGAUCAUGGCAAAGAAUCGGAGAUGACCUCGAUCCAUGACAUUGUUGAUCCCUGGACUGCGCUUCCCGCUUGUGUCAAGCGCAGCGCGGAGAUGGAAACUUUCUCAUUGUCCGACGCGGGCUACGAGUAUUACGGUUUGAACAGUGCUCACAGCACGGUUGUCGUAGUGAGACCAGAUGGAUGGGUUGGAGCGCGAUUUGAGGUCGUCGGAGAACAGGAGGGUCCGGUCAAGGGUGUCGAGGAGAAAUUGGAUGAAUACCUGGGAGGGAUAUUUCGAAGAGCGUGA